AGGCAAGUGAGCGAGAGCAAGAGGGGAAGUCAGUGACGUGGAGCUUACUGCACGCAGUGCUACGUUCCGACGACGAGUCAGCGUCGAAGGUCUUUAUACUGUCGUCCCUCAUCAAAGCCAGCCAAGAUGAGAGUAAGAAUAUUUUCUAUUACAACUACCAGUUAUCGAUUUCCACAUGGGAGCAUCCUUGCGAUGUAAAGUACCGCCAACUGGUGGCUCAAGAGCGUGAGCGGCUCAAGCGGAGUGCUCUCCUUUUGGACUCAGAAGGCAAACAUGACAUAGAAGAAGAGGGGUCUGUUAGAACAACAAAUGACUGCAUAGACACUGAUGCAGUGGAGAAGAUGACCGAGCCAGGAGUGUAUAAGAAAGCUCAUUCUGAGAACCAAACUACUGAAGCAUCCCAGCAACAGCAAUCAGGAGAGUGUCUGGCUUCUGACCACUCUUCUAACCAUGACAUCACUGAGAGGGGGGAAGAGCAGUAUGUCGAGAGCCACCUUGAGUCCACAGCAAGCACGAGUAGCCUACAGAUCCCUGAGGAGCACCAUGAUGAAGAACCUACUCUUUCUGAAGAAGAGAUUAGGGAAUUUGCACGGGAUAUAGGCAUUGAACCUGAUAGAGAGCAAGAGCUUAUGUGGCUUGCCAAGGAGGCAAUUGUUGCUGGACUUCCUCCAGGAUGGUUGGAGCGAGAAGAUGAAACUGGGAAUGUUUACUAUCACAACUGCCACAAGGACACAUCCAUUUGGGAGCAUCCCAGAAAGGAGUACUACUGUAAGCUGGUGCUUCAGGAGCGUGAGCGUAUGCAGCGCGCAGCUGUGGAUGGGGCCAAUGUGAUGAAGACGAACAAGAAGAAAUCCAAAGAGAAACUUGAGCAAAAGAAAAUGACCAAUGACAUAUUCAAAACACAGCAAAAUGUAUGCAAUAUCCAUGUGAAUCCAGCAGAAGAGAUUACAAAGGCCAAUUCUAAAGUAGAUAGUACUGAAUACCCACAGAAAAAGGUGUCAGGAAGGCUGCAUAUUGAAGUGAGGGAAGAAGAGUGGCGAUCAGAGAAUGCAAUGAGGGUCCAUGCAGACAAAAAUCCACCUCCACCUGGUACCUUAGUGUCCAAAAGUCUACCAUGCCAUGAGGAGCAAGAUGUAUGGCUGAUACAAAAAACACCUAUUGAUCUACAAACAAUAGAAACAUCUGAAUGUCAACUUCAUCCUAAUUCCAAAUCCCAAACCAAACAUCCGGAACACUCUGUAGAAAAUUUUAAGAGCCUAGUGGAAGAACAUCAGAAGUGUGAAAUCCAGCUUGAAGAGGAGAGGGUAGCGAGGGAGGAAAAGAGGUACCGUUUGGAAAAAGAGAAGCGCAAUCUGAGACAGAGAAACGUAGAGAACGAGAAAAGAAGUGAUGAAAUUGAUUGGAAGGGGGAUCUCGCACAGUUGAUGAGAGAGAAAGAGCUUAACUUGAAUCUUGGUGAAAACAAGGUAAAGAAAGAGGAUCAUGAGAAAGUGGGGGAUUUAGAUAAUCAGAUGGAAAUGGGAACAUGUAACCACCAGGAGGACAUGAGGAAAGAAGAGGAGGCCAAGUGUUUGCUGGAGAAAGAGAAGGUAAGACUUUUCCACAAGGAACAACAAGGUAGAGCGGAAGAGGAGGUCAAGAAGUUGAAUAAGGAAAAGGAAAUUGGCAAACACAGCUUCCAGAAUGAGCUGAAGAGAAAAGAAGAGGAGGCAGAAACUUUAACAGUCAAGGAGCAGUCAACAAACCACAAAGAUAUAAAGAGGGAGGAAGAGGUAGAGGCAGAGCACUUUAUGAGGGAGAAGGAAAGAAAACAAUUGUAUCAGGUGGCGCUGAAAAGGGAAGAAGAGGAUGCUGAGAGGUUGAAAAGAGAAAAAGAGGCGAGAACCUGUCUUCGACUGAAAGAGCUGAGAAAUGAGGAAGAGAUGGAGGCAAAGCGUUUAAAGAAGGAUAUGAAAUUAAGACUACGUUUUUGUAUGGAGGAACUGAGUAGAGAUGAAUUUAAAUGUUUGGAUCAAUUCAAAAGGGAAAAGGAUAAGAGAAUACAUUCACGCCAAAAGGAGCUGAAAAGAGAGGAGCAGGAGGAGGCAGAACAAUUGAAGAAGGAGCAGCUGCUAAGGAUACAUGUCUUACAGGAGGAACUAAGCAAAGAGGAGGAGGAAAAGCGUGAGCAGUUGAAAAAAGACCGGGAGAUAAGAAUGCGCCUCCGACUGGAGGAGCUAAAAAGAGAGGAAGAGGAGGAGGUAGAACAGUUGAAGAGGGAGAGAGCAAGGAGGAGUAGGAAGGAGGAAGAGGAGGCAGAAAGAUUUAAAGAGUCCAUAAUGCAUCUUCGUCGGCAGAAAGAGAUGAUGGAAGAGCAAAAACAGGAGAUUGAGUUGUUGAACCGUGAAAGAGAGAAGCAGAUACAUCUCAGACGGGAGGAGCUAAAAAAAGAAGAAGAAGAACAUUUGAAACGGUUGAAGGCAGAGAAGGAGGCAAGAAUGUGUCAGCACUGGGAAGAGCUGGUGAAAGAGGAAGAGGAAACGCGAAAGCAAAAGGAAGAAUGCAUAAGAGCAGAGACUGAAAAGAAACUCCGUCUUUACAGGGAGCAGCUGAGUAAAGAAGAGGAGGAGGAGGAAAGGCGGUUGAAACUGGAGAAAGAGAAAAUAAUUUGUCUUCACCAGAAGGAGCUGAGGGAAAAGGAAGAAGAAGAGUGGGAGCAGUUGAAAGCAGAAAAAGAGGCAAGAAUGUGUCAGCGCCGGGAACAGCUGAGGAGAGUUGAAGAGGAGGAGGCUAAGGUGUUAAAGCAGGAGGAGACAAGCCUGAAAACAGAGGCUGAGCAGAAAAUUUUCCACCAGAAGGAGCACCUAAAGAAAGAGGAAGCGGUGGAAGUAGAGCGGCUGAAGAUGGACAAAGAGAUGAGAGUGCAUUUCCGCCAGGAGGAGCUAAGGAAGGAGGAAGAGGAGGAGAUAGCCAGGUUGAAACAGGAAAAGGAGACUAGAAUGCAGCAGUGUUCCAAGGACUUAUUUCGAAAGGAAGACGAAGACAUGAUGCAGUGGAAGGAGGCAAGAAUUCGCUGUUUCCAAGAAGAGCUGAGGCGAGAGGAAGAGGAGCAGAUGGAGAGGCUGAAACAGGAGAAGCAGACUAGAAUGCAUCUCUACCAUGAAGCCCUACUUCGAGAGGAGGAUAAAGACGUGAAGCGGUGGAAGAGUGAGAAGGAAGCAAGAAUUCGCUGUCACCAAGAAGAUUUGAGGAAAGAGGAAGAAAUGAUCAAUACAAAAAUGGGCCUAUGGAAGGAGAAGUUGAUGAGAGAGCAAGAGGAGGCGGUGCAGCAGUUGAGGGCAAAGAUGGAAAUGAAAUUGUGCCAACGUCGGGAGGAUCUGAAGAAAGAAGAAGAAGUGCAGGCACAGCGCUUGAAGGCUGAGAUGGAAAUGAGAUUUCAACUCCGCCGGGAGGAGUUAAGCAAAAAGGAAAGGAAUGUGGCUGAGCAGUUACAGAGGGAGGAGGCGGCAAGUUUUCAUAUCCAUAAAGAAAAGCUUAGAAGAGAAGAAGAGGAAGAGUUGGAACAGUUGAAAACGGAAAAGAAGUUGACAAUGCAACACCACAAGGAUGAGCUAAAGAGAGAGGAACAGGAGGAGGUUGAGCAGCUGAAGAAGGAGAAGGAGGCAAAAAUACGCUGUUGUUUGGAAGAGUUAAACAAAGCAGAAGAAAGAAAGUUGGACGAAAUGAAGAGGGAGGCAACUAAAUUAAAGAUGGAGGCGGAAACAAGAAUGCGCCUCUGCAAAGAGGCGCUGAAAAAAGAGGAAGAGAAAGCAGUAAAGGAGAUGAAGACUGAAAAUGAAACGAGAAUACGUCAACGCCGGGAAAGGUUGAAGAGAGAUGAACAGGUGGAGGUGAAGCAAAUGAAGGCAGAUAUGCAAGCAAGGAUACGUCUUUGCAAGGAGGAGCUGACGAGAGAGCAAGAAGAGGCGAUGCAGCAGUUGAAAACUAAGAAGGAAACACAUAUGCAUCUCUGCGAGAAACUGAGGAGAGAGGAAGAAGAGGAGAUACAGCAGUUGAAGACUAAGAAGGAAACAAAUAUAAAUAUCUGCAAGGAGGAACUGAGGAGAGAAGAAGUAGAGAUGCAGCAGUUGAAGAUUAAAAAGGAGACAAAUAUACGUCUUUGCAAGGAGGAACUGAGAAGAGAGGAAGAAGACAUGCAGCAGUUAAAAACUAAGAAGGAAACAAAUAUAAAUCUCUGCAAGGAGGAACUGAAGAGAGAAGAAGUAGAGGAGAUGCAGCAGUUGAAGAUUAAAAAGGAGAAAAAUAUACAUCGCUGCAAGGAGAAACUGAGGAGAGAGGAAGAAGUGGAGAUGGAGCAGUUGAAGAAUGAGAAGGAAACAAAUAUCCAUCACUGCCAGGAGGAACUGAGGAGAGAGGAAGAAGAGCAGAUACAGCAGUUGAAGGCUAAAAAGGAAGCAACAAUACGUCUCCACCAGGAGGAGCUGAGAAAAGUGGCUGAGGAGGAGGUGAAUCAGUUCAAACAGAAUAUAGAGAUGAGAAUGCGCCUCUGCCGGGAGGAGUUACAGAGAGAGGAAGAUGAGGUGGAGAUGUUGAAGAGGGAGGAGAAGAAGAAAAAAAAAGAGAUUGAGCUGAGAGUGCGUCUUCAGCAGCAGGAGCUGAAGAAAGAAGAAGAUGAGUCAGAGCGUUUAAAGACCAUCAAGGAGACCAGAAUAAGCCUCCUGUUGGAAAAGCUGCGCAAAGAAGAGCAGGAAGAGGCACAACGUUUAAAAGAGGGGAUUGGAAAGAGAAUGCAACUCCACCAGCAGCAGCUCAUGAUAGAGGAAGAAGAGCAGUUGGAGUGUUUAAAAACUGAAAAGGAGACAAGAAUGAAUCUCUGUCUAGAAAAGUUGCGCAGAGAUGAAGAAGAGGAGGUGCAGCAUAGAAAAAGUGAGCUCGAAAAGAGAAUACGUCGCCACCAACAGGAUAUUAAGAGAGAGGAAGAAGCUGAAGUGGAGCGUUUGAAAGCAUCAAAAGAAACAAGAUUGAGCCUCUACCAGGAGGUGGUAAAUCAAGAGGAACGUAGAGAGUUGGAGCGUUUGAAGGAGGAGAAGGAGUUAAGAAUGCACCACCACCAAGAGAACCUGUGGAGAGAAGAAGAAGAGGCAGCGGAGCAGCUAAAGAUUGAAAAGGGGAGGAGAAUGCUUCUCCAGCAGGAGCUACAAAGAGAGGAGGAAGAGAAGCAGGAGGCGGAACAGCUUGAUAGGGAGCUCUAUUUGAAGGCAGAAAUGGAGAGAAAAAUCUGUCUGCUCCAGGAGGAGCUGAGAAAAGAAGAGGAGGCUCAAGUUGAGUGCUUAAAGAGGGAGACAGAGAAAAGAAUACGUCUUCGAAAGGAAGAGAUGAGGAGGGAGGAAGAAGAAGAGGUUGAGCGGUUAAAGCGGGAAAAAAUUAAGAAGAUACGACUACGGCAGGAAAAACUGAGGAGAGAAGAAAAUGUAGAAAGGUUGCAAAGCGAAAAAGAGACCAGACUGCGUCUCCGUCAGGGCAGGGAGAAGGAGAAAAAGAGAACACAUGUCCGUCAAGAGGAAGUGACCAAAGAGGAGGAGGUCGAAUCACUAACAAGGGACAAGGAGAAACAGUCCCGUCUCCCCGAGGAAGAUCAGACUAAAGAAGAAGAGACACAGAAACAAAAGAAAGAAAAGGAGGAGCAAAUCGAUUUUUGCAAAGAAGAGCUUAGUGGAAAGGAACAGGACACUGAGCAGGAAAAGAGAGACAAAGAAAGGAGAGCACAUCCACGUCAGGAGAAGCCACGGAGAGAAGAUAUUAUGGAGCGCCUUAGAGGAGUAAAAGAAUGCAGAAUGCGUUUUCCUCAGGAGAAGCAACAGAGAGAAGAGGUGGUGGAUCAGAAGAGAAAGUCUCCACCUCAGGAGAAACUGAUUCCAGAGAAGGUGGAGACAGAUUUGUUAAACAUGGAAAUAGAGACCAAAACAUAUGUACACCAAGACGAGCCUAACCGAGAGGAAGAGGUGUCAGAGUGUUUAAAGCCAGACAAUGACAACAACAAUCUUUUCCAUCAGCUGAAUGUGAGUAUAGAGGAAAAUGAGGACGCUAAUGAGGAUGCUUUUAGAUCAGCAAUGAGGAAGAAUGAAAAAGAGAAGUGUACGUGUCUCCACCAGGAGGAACUAAGAGAAGAAGAGGUGGAGACAGAUCGAUUUAAGAGGGACAAAGAGCGAAGAACAUAUGGACGCCAAGAGGAACUAAGUAGAGAAGAUCAACGUCAAGAGGAGCUGAGUAGAGAAGAGGAGAUGGAGAUUCAGCGGUUGAAAAAGGAGAAGGAGACAAGAACACUUCUCCUCCAGCAGGAACUGAGGAGGGAAGAAGAGGAGAAGGCACUGUUUUUUAAAAAGGAGAAAGAGAGACGAACACUACUACGACAAGAGCAGCUGAAGAAAGAGGAAGAGGAGGAGGCGGAGUACUUGAAGAGGGAAAAGGAAAAGAGACUGCAUCUUUGCCAGGUGGACCUCAUGAAAAAGGAAGAGGAGAACAGGUUGAACAGGGAGAAGGAAAAAAGAACACGUCUCCACCAGAUAGAGCUAAGUAAAGAAGAAGAGGAGGAGCGGUUCAGGAGGGAGCAGGAGUUGAGACUGCGUCUUCGCCAUGAGGAACUGAUCAAGGAGGAAGAGGAGGAGGCGGAAAGGUUGAAAAUGGAAAAGGAGAAGAGAAUGCAAUUACACCUAGAAGAGCUGAGGAAGGCAGAGGAGGAGGAAGCCGAAAAGUUAAAAAGGGAAAAAGCGAAACGAAUGCAACUUUUUCAGGAAGAGUUGAGGAGAGAGGAAGAGGAGGAACGGUUGAGAAAGCAGAAGGAAACCAGGCUGCGCCUCUGCCUGGAAGAACUGAAGCGACAGGAAGAGGAGGAGAUGGCGCAGCUAAAGAGGGAGAAGGAGAAGAGAAUGCGCCUCUGUCAGGAAAAGUUAAGAAGAGAGGAAGAGGAAGAGGUGGAGAGGCUGAAGAGGAAGAAGGAGAAAAGAAUGAAUCUCCACCAGGAAGACCUCAGGAGGGAGGAAGAAGAGGAAGUGGAGCAAUUGAAGAGGAAAAUGUGCAUCUUCCAGUUGGAAUUGAGGGGCGAUACUGAGGGAAAUUUGGAGAGAUUGAGAGAAAAGAGACUGCGUCUUCAAGAAAUAGAUAUGAGGGGAGAAGAGGAAGAGAAGAAACUGAAGACAGAGUACAGGGAUAGGCUCAGGGCGCUGCGACUGCGUCUCAUGACAUGGAGGAAAGAAGAGAAGGUUUUGUUGAACAAGUUAUCUGACCAGAAUGAAGAAUUAACAGAAUGUGACCAAGAGAUAGACGACGAGCCAUUCAGGCUCCAGACAGUGGACAUAUGCAUUGACAGGGGAUCAGACCAGUCUACUCAGAUAAGGCAGUACUUUGAGCAUCUGAGGGCGGAAGCAGAGGAGCUGCAGGAAAACCAGAUGUUUUACAGUCACGAGCAGCUUGGAGAUGUGAAGAUUUGUGAUCCGAUCCUUUAAUCUCCUUCUGAACUGGUGACAUGGUAGCACAGAAACACGUUCUACAUCUGCAAGGUCUCGGCAUCAGAGCAUCUUUGUGGACUUAAAAAAUCAGCACCGAAAUCAGUCGGCCAGUGGUGAAAAAGACCACCGUUGGAACAAUUAUUGGAAAUUAGAGAAACUUCAAUGCCGCCCUCGCUCCAUUCUUAGCUUCUGGUGUGAGGACCAUUCUGAGAAAGCUGACUUACCCACAAUCAAGCAAGAAGAGCUGGGUAACGAUCUCAGGAGAGUUGGGACCAGUUUGCCUGAAAAACACCCAAAUGGUGCAGAGAAGACCUGGAAGACCAAAAUGAAGCUCUUUGGCACAACUAAUUAAUUACAUCAGCUGUUCUCUGCUACAGGAAGACUUCAUGGACCGGAAUGGAUGAUGAACUGGGCCGUUAGCAGAUACAAAAUCAUCUUAAAAUUCACAUAAAAAGCUAAUGUGCUUAUAAUGUCUUUACGAUCCUAUCAGGUCAGGAAGUGUAGUAUCUACUAGACUAUGAAAUAACAUGCAUUCCAUAUGGUGGAAGAUUGCUUUCCUAUGGAGCUAGUAGACCGACAUUCUUGUAAACAGUGGUACAUCAUUGUGAGCAGGUAAUAAAGUGUAGCCAUUAAGUCUGACGUGCACAAGAGAGGAUGUCAAUGGCAUAAAAGGACGGGUUUGUUCUCCUUGAGUACCUGACACCAUGCUUAAGAUUAUCAACGGACUAGCUCAGUGGCCUAGUGGUUAGAGUGUCCGCCCUGAGAUCGGUAGGUUGUGAGUUCAAACCCAGAGUCAUACCAAAGACUAAAAAAAUGGGACCCAUUACCUCCCUGCUUGGCACUCAGCAUCAAGGGUUGGAAUUGGGAGUUGAAUCACCAAAAAAUGAUUCCCGAUUCCCCUCACCUCCCAGGGAGUGAUCAAGGGUGAUGGGUCAAAUGCAGAGAAUCAUUUCGGCACACCUUGUAUGUGUGACAAUCGUUGGUACUUUAACAUUAUUUCGAUCCGUAUGAGCUGGUUGUCUGUUUUGACGUUCGCUGGUCAAUUCCUUCAAAACUUCAGUAAACCUUGACGAAAAACGAAUGCGCUCAAAAAAAGUGUUACAGUAAGUCUUUUUUUUUUUUAAUCUUUCAACGCUUUAAAUUUUUCAACAGCUUAUAUUUAAAGUUUUUAUAUAUUUGUAAUGUUUUUUGUAUUUUAAAUCUUUUUAUGCCAUUUUUGUAAAAAAAAAAAAAAAAUUUUUUUAAGUUUUUUUUAUGGUGGGGAAAACUAAAAAUAUGCAAAUGCAAUUCCAAAACAAGUUGCCAGGGGAAUACUUUAAAUGUCGGCCUGGGUCAAUGAUUAAUAACACUGAUUUUGAUGCAUUAUUAUUUUUAGACUUAGACUUCCUUUUUAUUGUCAUUCAAAUUUGAACUUUACAGUACAAAUAAGAACACAAUUUAGUUGCAUUAGCUCAUGGUAGUGCAAGAUAAAAAAAACAAGAGCAUACAUAAAUAAAUAGAUUACUGUACAGAUAAAUAUAUUGUACUUUUUCAAAUGCAUCCACGUUAUCAAUCAAUCAAUCAAUGUUUACGUAUAUAGCCCUAAAUCACUAGUGUCUCAAAGUUAUGGAUGUAUGUUAUAUUGUUUUUAUAUUCCAGCGAGUUUAAUCCGUUUUUGGGGGGAAUCAAGGGGAUUAUUAUGAUGCGUUCAAGAGUCUUACAGCCUGAAGGAAGAAACUGUUACAGAACCUGGUGGUUUUGCUUAGAGCCCAGCAGUGAAAACAGUCCUUGGUGGGGGUGUUUGCAGAUUUUCUGAGCCCUGGUUAGGCAGCGGCUUUUUGCGAUCUCCUGGAUAGGAGGAAAAGGAGUCCUGAUGAUCUUUUCCGCCGUCCUCACCACUCUCUGCACAGACUUCCAGUCUGAGGCACGGCAGGCUCCAGUCCAGACAGUUUGGAACAAUGUCAUGGAACAAUGACAGUUUCCCAAAAUAGACACACUUAAAAAAAAUGUUAUGUCAUACAUAUACCAUUGUUGCUUCCUAGCAGCUCCACUGUAGACACGGCACAGGAGCCAAGUGUGCAGUUUUAACAAAGUUUUAAUGUGCAUAGAUUUUUGUCAGCUUUAAACAGCAGGACGCGACUUUUCAGUCACGUCCGUAUCCUCUCUCCUCCCAAAUGGAAACAUGGAUGAUACAGUAGAGGAUUGGGAGAAUGUCAUGUGUUUCGAUGAAACCAAAAUAGACUGUUUGGUAUAAACUCAAUUUGUCGUGUUUGGAGGAAGAAGAAUACUGAGUUGCAUCCCAAGAACACCACACCUACUGUGAAGCAUGGGGGUGGAAACAUCAUGCUUUGGGGCUGUUUUUCUGCUAAGGGGACAGGACGAUUGAUCCGAGUUAAGGAAAGAAUGUAUCGUGAGAUUUUAAGCCAAAACCUUCCAUCAGUGAGAGCUUUGAAUGGUUGACCAAAUACUUAUUUUCCACCAUAAUUUACAAAAUAAAUUAUUUAAAAUUC